GAGCGCGCCAGAGCGCGAGGGACCGAGGCAGAGGAGGAGUGCGGGAGCGGCGGAGGCGAUCCCGCGCCUUCAUUACUGUAAACACCUCCCGGGGGUGUCAGACGGGGUGGGGGUGGGGGUCGCGGCGCCUACAUUAGCCGGGCCGGGUUGGGUCGAGGCGGCAGUAAGGUCGGAGCAGCCUCCGCACCCACGCCGAGCUGCGCAGCCCUCGGAGUGAGCCCCGCGGCCGCCCCCGCGCACCCCGCGCAGCGCCCCACGCCGGGCUCCGCGCGGUCUGCGCACAGGCGUCUGUGGCGCGCGCGCCCGCCCGGCUCUCCGGCUGCCCCCCGGGGUCCUCCGUGUCCGAGGAGCCUCGGGGCUGCGGGGCAGCUUUCCGCCGCCUUGCCGGCUCCCCCGCCUUCUUUCGGGACUCGUGGGCUCUGCCGAGGCAGAGAGGGGGGAGGCAGAGGAGAAGAGGAGGCGGGGGCCGCGGCGGCCGGAGCCGAGAGAAAGUGGCAUGGUCGAGCCCUGGAGGCGGAGGUGUUGGAGGACGGGGGAAGACGAUGCCGCGGCUCCGUAGGGGAGGAAGGCGAGAGCGAGCGAGGCGAGCGGGGCGCCCGGGCGCCGGCCGGCUGCGGGGAGGCGCGCGCCGCUCUGAGGUUCCGGCCUUCGCAUCCCGGCGCCCCGACGCUGCGGGCGACAGGGCCGGGCUCCGGCAGCCGCCUCCGUCGCCGCCGCCACCACCCGGAGGACCGAGCAAAAGUUUGGAUCUGGGGGAGGACGCGACGCUGAGCGGGAUUACUACCAGGGCUGGAAGGAGACCUCAAGAAGCUUCGCAGGAACUUUCGAAGUCACAUUUUGAUUGAAGGGUGAGAUGAAACACGUUAACCAUUGGUGGUGUGAAUCUGCAGUGAUCGUCAGCCUGUGCAAAAGGUAAUAUGAAGGCUACCUUCCAUAUCGGGACCGAUAUUGUCUGUGGACUUAGCGGUGUGACUUUAUUACAUCUCCAAAGAAAGGAUCCCCCAGAUAUUUUGAGAUUGCAGACUGAACUUAACCAAGUUCAUAGGCUGAUCCACACUGACCUGACCGACCACAGAAGAAGGGAUUCUGCCUACCCAGCUGGGCCCCUUUUGACCGCUGAUACUUGACUUCACUUGUUGCCUGGGUGGAAAGUUCUCCUUAUUGAAAUUUUUUUGCACAUGGAGGACAAUAGCAAAGAGGGCAACAUAGGCUGAUAAGACCAGAGACCACAGGAAGAUUCUUUGACCUUAGCCUUCGGGACUUUUCCUCUAGCUGGAGUUCUGGACUUUAACAGAACUGCGUUCAAUCAUUUUGGUUUUGCUAUCUGUUUGUUUUUGUUUUUUUCCUUUUUCUUUUCACUACCACAUUGUAUUUUAUUUCUGUACUUCAGAAAUGGGCCUACAGACUACACAGGGGCCCAGCCAGGGGGCUUUUUUCCUGAAAUCUUGGCUUCUCAUUUCCCUGGGGCUCUACUCACAAGUGUCAAAACUCCUGGCGUGCCCUAGCGUGUGUCGCUGCGACAGGAACUUUGUCUACUGUAACGAGCGAAGCUUGACCUCAGUGCCUCUUGGGAUCCCGGAGGGUGUCACUGUACUCUACCUCCACAACAACCAAAUUAAUAAUGCUGGGUUUCCUGCAGAGCUGCACAACGUACAGUCUGUGCACACCGUGUACCUUUAUGGGAACCAACUGGAUGAAUUCCCCAUGAACCUUCCCAAGAACGUCCGAGUUCUCCAUCUGCAGGAAAACAAUAUUCAGACCAUUUCACGGGCCGCCCUGGCCCAGCUCUUGAAGCUUGAAGAGCUCCACCUGGAUGACAACUCAAUAUCCACGGUGGGGGUGGAAGAUGGGGCCUUCCGGGAGGCCAUUAGCCUCAAAUUGUUGUUUCUAUCCAAGAAUCACCUGAGCAGCGUGCCUGUGGGGCUUCCCGUGGACCUGCAAGAGCUGAGAGUGGAUGAGAAUCGAAUUGCCGUCAUAUCAGACAUGGCCUUUCAGAACCUCACGAGCUUGGAGCGUCUGAUCGUGGAUGGAAACCUCCUGACCAACAAGGGCAUCGCCGAGGGCACCUUCAGCCACCUCACCAAGCUCAAGGAAUUUUCCAUUGUCCGGAAUUCGCUCUCCCAUCCCCCCUCUGAUCUCCCAGGUACGCACCUGAUCAGGCUCUAUCUGCAGGACAACCAGAUCAACCACAUCCCUUUGACAGCCUUCUCGAAUCUCCGGAAGCUGGAACGGCUGGAUAUAUCCAACAACCAGCUGCGCGUGUUGACUCAAGGGGUCUUCGAUAACCUCUCCAACCUGAAGCAGCUCACUGCUCGGAAUAAUCCUUGGUUCUGUGACUGCAGUAUUAAAUGGGUCACGGAAUGGCUCAAACACAUACCCUCAUCUCUCAACGUGCGAGGUUUCAUGUGCCAGGGUCCUGAACAAGUCCGGGGGAUGGCAGUCCGGGAGUUGAAUAUGAAUCUGUUGUCCUGUCCCACCACCACCCCCGGCCUGCCUCUCUUCACCCCAGCCCCAAGUUCAGCUUUGCCCACGACUCAGCCUCCCACACUCUCUGUCCCGACCCCUAGCAGAAGCUAUAUGCCUCUAACUCCUAUGGCAUCGAAACUCCCCACGAUUCCCGACUGGGAUGGCAGAGAAAGAGUGACCCCGCCUCUUUCUGAACGGAUUCAGCUCUCUAUCCAUUUUGUGAAUGACACUUCCAUUCAAGUCAGCUGGCUCUCUCUCUUUACUGUGAUGGCAUACAAACUCACAUGGGUGAAAAUGGGCCACAGUUUGGUGGGGGGCAUUGUUCAGGAACGCAUUGUCAGUGGUGAGAAGCAGCAUCUGAGUCUGGUCAAUUUAGAGCCCAGAUCCACUUAUCGGAUUUGCUUAGUGCCACUGGAUGCAUUUAACUACCGAGCUGUAGAAGACACCGUUUGUUCUGAGGCCACCACGCAUGCCUCCUAUGUGAACAAUGGCAGCAACACGGCUUCCAGCCACGAGCAGACGACUUCCCACAGCAUGGGCUCCCCUUUCCUGCUGGCGGGACUCAUCGGGGGCGCGGUGAUAUUUGUGCUCGUGGUCCUGCUCAGUGUCUUUUGCUGGCAUAUGCACAAAAAGGGGCGCUACACCUCCCAGAAGUGGAAAUACAACCGAGGCCGGCGGAAAGAUGACUAUUGCGAGGCAGGCACCAAAAAGGACAAUUCCAUCCUGGAGAUGACAGAAACCAGCUUUCAGAUCGUCUCCUUAAAUAACGAUCAGCUCCUUAAAGGAGAUUUCAGACUGCAGCCCAUUUACACCCCAAAUGGGGGCAUUAAUUACACAGACUGCCAUAUCCCCAACAACAUGCGAUACUGCAACAGCAGUGUGCCAGACUUGGAGCACUGCCAUACGUGACAGCCAGAGGUCCAGCAUUACAAACGCAGACAGUAAGACUCUCGAGAACACACUCGUGUGUGCACAUAAAGACACGCGAAUUACAUUUGAUAAAUGUUACACAGAUGCAUUUGUGCAUUUGAAUACUCUGUAAUUUAUACGGUGUACUAUAUAAUGGGAUUUAAAAAAAGUGCUAUCUUUUCUAUUCCAAGUUAA